CAUGCAGUCCACCAUGAAUUUCAUUGGCCUUUCACGCCAGGGCAGCCAAGAGAAUUACAUUCUGGAUAAUACUCUGAGGAAGAAAUGUUCCCUUUGGUACCAACGCUCACUGAAGGGAAACAACGAUCGACAUCAACAAAACACAGGCUUUCUGCCCCGAGUGUGCAAGCCCAAACAAACCCGCUCCAACUCACUGGUUGAUUACUCUGACCCUCAAAGAAUCACCAUUGUUCUGGGAAAACAAGACAAUGAAACAUUUGGUUUUGCAAUUCAGACCUCCGGCCUGCAGCUGAAGGACAGCUCUGCAGUGGAGAUGUACACGUUUGUGUCCACAGUGCAGGAGGACAGCGCUGCUGAGAGGGCUGGCCUGACCACUGGAGAUAUUAUCGUCACCAUCAAUGGGCUCAGCAUUGAGGGAUCAUCUCAUCAGCACAUACUGGAUCUCAUAAGAGAAUCCACCAACAGUCUAAAGAUGGAGACUGUAUGUGGGAACAUGGUGAAGCAGAUAGAGCUGGAGAAGAAGAUGAACCUGCUUAAGCAAUCACUGCAUGUGAAAUUGUUGGAGCUGCAAGGCCUUACACAACAGGAACAACGUCUCAUGCGAGGUAACUUUAACCUCUCAGCUGACCCCUCAGCCAUGCCGAGCUCCCCCACAGUGCGCUGUGGCCGGCGUUUCUCUAGUGACGGUAGUUACAGGAGCACGAUGACAGAUGACAGUGACCAGGCCAGCGUGUUUGGGGAUCUGUGCUCUCCCAGCCCUGCAGAGGACGGCUGCUUCCUCUUCAGAGACUUCAGCUCCUGCAGGUUUUCCUGGAGCUCCAGCCGACACCACCAAUCCCUCAGCCACAGCAGCAGCAGCUCCCUCUCUCCUUCCUGGGAGGAGACAAGGAUGUCCUCCUUGUUCGGUACCCUUCCCCGUAAAAGCAGGAAGGCCAGUGUUCGCAAACACAUAAUGAAGUUAAUUCCUGGACUCCAGCGAUCAGUUGAAGAGGAGGAGGGGGGAACCAAUAUUCAGUGACUUGUUGAACAUGGUUUCUCAUGCUCUUGUCGCAGAGGGAAAACAACACUGUAAUUAAGUGUUUCCCCACAAUUAAGGAUGGGUAAAACCUUUUUUAACAACCAUUUUUUGUCUCCAUGGGAAACACAGAGAUGACAGACAUGUCAGGGGCUCGGCAUUUGUCAAUAUCAAAGUUUACUCAAGAGGGUUCUGCUUGGCUUAGACUUGUGGAUAGCACAAAAGCAUUCUGACAAUAUUCUGUUGUUGAAAUUAAUAUAUGUCAAUAAGAUUAUAAUAAAUUAUAUUAUGUAUACCACUAGCUUGAAUAAGAAACUGCAUUAAUCCGGAUGUGUUAACUAGCAUCGUGGAUUUCCAAAUGAGACUAUUGUGACAUAAAACACAUGAUAACAAUGUAUCUUUCAGGUCGGAUAGACAUUUAAAGUGGUCGUCUGUCACAUUCAGGUGCUGCAAACCAAAAGCAAAGCUCUACUUCGCUCAGCUCACAACAGGAUGUGGGCACAAGGGGCUGGAGCUACUUCACUUCAACUCUCAGUGUUUGUUCAAAAACACUGAAACUGUUUCUUGUACAUUCUGAAUGUAAUUAAAUGUGCAAAUUUCACUUUCAGUGGCAAGACAAUACAACGUUUAACAGAAUGUCAUGCUUUAUUUUGUUGGUAUCAAAUCAAGAGAAUCUGUAAAAUAAAAUAAA